GGAUAUCUAACAUUUCUAAGCAGACCUUAAGAGGUGAUAUCUUGACACAGAAAGCUGCUUUCAAACACAUCCUCCACAAUAUGGAACUGACAAAACGGAGGUCCGACCCCUCAGAUGAUUUAGAUAUAAUGCUAACAGAAACAGCCAGACAUGGGAGGAUCAGAAUCUAAGGAGCACCCUUCCGGAUCUCCAUUGCUGCCAGAACCCUGGAGGACACUGGAAUGGAGCAAAAGGGAUGAGAUGAAAGACCAUUUGAGGAAACUGGAUAUCAGCAAUGAAGAUGUGAAGCAUCUCCGUAUCCUUGUCCAUGGUCCAGUGGGAGCAGGGAAGUCCAGCUUCAUCAACUCCUUAGACUCCAUCUUCCAGGGGCGCAUGACCAACGGAGCCACAGCUGAAGCAUGUGCUGGACACAGCUGCACAAGGACAUAUAAAACCAACAAAAUUAAAGAUGGAGAAUACGGAUCCUACUUACCAUUUGUCAUCAAUGAUGCCAUGGGCCAGGAAAGAGGCGAUUCUGAAGGGGUGCUAACAGAUGACCUGAUAAAAAUCUUGGAGGGUCACAUUAAAGAAGGUUAUAAGUUCAAUUCUGCCAAGUCUUGUCAACAGGAGGAAAAGGGGUACAAUAAGGAUCCAAAUCUGAAUGACAAGAUCCACUGUCUGGUCACUGUUAUUCCAGCAAGUAGUGUCCUCUGGUGUGCUGACAGCAAGAGCGUUUUAAAUAAUGUCAUGCGGGAAAAGGAUGAAGCCUUCAUCAAAAAGAUCAAAGAUGUCAGAGCACAAGCCAGCACGAUGGACAUCCCUCAAGUUGUCAUCCUGUCCAAAGUGGAUGAGGCAUGCCGUGAGGUAAACAAGGACAUUACGAUGAUCUACAGAAGCAGAGUGAUCCGUGAGAAGAUUAAGUAUUGCAGUGGAAAUACAGGAGUUCCUCUGAACUACAUUUUCCCAGUGAAGAACUACCAUGAGGAGAUUGAUCUGAACAAGGACAUGGACGUGCUGCUGCUGUCUGCACUGAAACACAUCCUGACCUUCGCCAACGACCACGUGGCAGAGAUGAAAGAAAGAAAGAGUCUGAAAAGCACAUUUAAAAAAUUAACUUCAUGAAUGGAUUUUUUUCUCUUUUACCCUUUUGUUUUGAUACAGACUCUCUUGGUUUACUCUCACACACACAUGGCAAUGCAAGACUUUAUAUUACAAUUGGCUUUGCUAGUUUUGUUACUCGUUGAUUUGUUUUUUUUUAUAGAAAUCUAACCAGGACAAAUAAUCUUAAGAAUGAAUUCAUUUUUUUUUCUUUAAAGCAUAUGUAGCAGGACGCACACUGCUUAGUUCCAAAUGGGUAGCAAUUAACUUGCUCUCCUUGUGCCCCUGUGCUUAAUUGCUUGCACCUGAAAAGGCCUUCAGAUCCCUAUAAAGGGGGUAGAAGAGAGGCCAUGGUUAUGUCCAGAAGUCAAGCACGCUGGGUAGUACCUUCUUCCCAGUAGCGUAUUAGUUAGCUUGCUCCUCAGUAUGCGUCCCUACCUACAUUUGGACAGCACUAACUAGUUGGCGUCACCUGACUCGGGGAGGGGGGUGUGUUGACGAUUUGCAUGACGUGUGGAGCUUGACCUGCGCUGCGCAAUGGAUUAUGGGAUACCUGAGGGCAAAAAAGAUGCAUCGAUGCACGCUUGGAAAUCACGCCAAACGAAGUAGCCAACUAGUGAGAGCGCUUGACUUUCGGACAGUCUAUUCUGACGUAACUUCCGGAAAAUGCACACUGCCCAGCGUGCACGCUUGACUUCUAGACACAACCCGAGUUGGAAGGGGUCUUGAAUGCGUGAUCCCCGGAUGGCUCUCACCCCAGCUCCAUGGGCUCUGUCCCUAUAGCAUUUGGUCAGCUAGCACUAUGGCUGUUUUGCAGCAAGCCAGCAAUUGGAUUCACUCGCCCUGUGCACUGGAUCUGCUUUGGUCCGUCAAGGACCGCUGGAAGCACCCUGCCCCAUGGUGCCUGCUCCCUUGUCAUAUAUACUCCAUGUUGACCAACGUGGUAGGUUCCUUUUAGCUUUAUUUUAUGAUUUCAGUGACUGAGUGGCUCGUUAUAAUGAUGUUCCCCACUCUUGUAGGCCUGAGCUCGGGUGGAAGCCGACAGACGAGGCUGCUCUGUUUCUGCGCUUUUUAUCAACACUGUUUGUGUGUGUGUGUGUGUGUGCGUGUGCGCACACAUGUUGCAUGUGCUGUCCUGUGCUCCUCACACCUCCGGCGACACCCCAGCGGCAGCCAGUGAAGUCUGUUCGGGUGGCUCCAGCUUCCUGUUUGGCCCCGUUGUCGUCUGCUGAUGGCAUUCUGUGUGUGUGUGUGUAUGUAUGUAUAGGUGUAAGUGUAGGUUUGUCUUUUGUUUGCCAUUUGUCAAUGGCCUGUUGGGUGUUUGUGUAUUUGUUUUGUCCUUGCAUGUGUGAUAAUUAGGUGUAUUGGGCUGUUUGUUUGGGGGAACUCCUGUGGUGGUCGCCACUCCCCUUUUCGUGUGCUGUGUUGAAUGUAGCUAGUACUACUGUUAGUCCACCUUGUGGUUGUGCCUGUGUGGAGCACUUUUGAUUGCCUUUUGGGGUACAGCGCCCGUUAGCAGGGUUACGUGUUAAGUCACAGCCUGAUUAGUGUCCUGAUUUCUGUGUGUCUGUGUACAUGUCUAGCCGUUAUGUAAUUAAAAUAUAUGUAAUGGGGAAACCAUGUCUCUGCCUCCUCACCAAUGAAGCUGUGUGUCCUAUUGAUUCUAAGGGAUAUCCCUGGGUUCCCUCUUAACACCUGGGGUGGCGUAGUCAAUUCUCCGCAAUGCCACACAAACACUUGCACAGAAAACAGAACACCAAUCGGUCUGAACCUUAACAACAUAAAGGCCUCCGGUAAGCCAUUUUGAGAAAUUUGCAAUCAAAAUUGUAUACCUGGCCCCUUACAGCCCCUUUCUACAUGUAAAUCCUAUUGAGGAAUUAUUUCAUGCCGCAUGCCUCUUCUGCAGGCAAUGGAAGAGCC